AUGUCUUUGAAACAGGCCGUCGCCAAAAAAUUGAUGGAUGAAAUAAUUAUCCCUUUGAGAAAGCCUAAAGAUUGGAAAGUUCUCGUUCUGGAUCGAUUAGCCACUAGAAUUGUAUCUUCGUGUUGUAAGAUGCAUGAGAUAAUGAAUAACGGCAUAACAUUGGUUGAAGACAUUUUUAAGAAAAGGGAAGUGCUGCCGAUUGAGGCAAUAUACUUGAUCACCCCUACAGAUGAAUCUUUAAAACUUCUGAUGGAGGAUUUUCAAGGGUCCCAGAGUCAAUAUCGUUAUGCCCACGUCUUCUUCACCGAAGCUUGCCCAGAUGAGCUGUUCAACCGGCUUUGCCAGUCGAAUUCCGCCAUAUUUUUAAAACGCUUAAAGAAAUCAACAUAG